GUAAAUGUGAUGUGACCAUCGGUGAGACCACCAUGGAGACAACCAUGACCGAAACGUCCCCCACAGAGACGACCACCACUGACACGACCACCACAGAGACAACCGCCGAGACGACCGCUGCCCCCAUGACCGCCGCACCGAACAUCACUAUCUCCAAAAACACAAAGAACCAGACUUUCAUCUCCUCCCACGCCCCAGUCUUCCCCACCGCUGGCAACACCACAAACCUCCAGCCCAGCAACAGCUCCGCAGGCAACGCCACGGCCAAGAGCACCUCGGCGCCCAUCUCUAGCACCACCGUCAUCUCCCACGCCAACGCCACCACCAACGGCAGCAACUGGAUCACCCCUUCCAGGACCAACGCAACCAACAGCAGCUCUGAGGCUCCCACCUCCCUCCCGGGUGGUGGCACGGUGAUCCCCAUCUCCAGCACCAAAGACAACGGGAGCACCAGCGUUCAGGUCGUCCCCACGCGGCAAACUUCUGACACCACUCGGGCCAGCACGGCUCCCAGGCAGACCUCCACGGCCGUGCAGGGCAGCAGCGGUGGUCCCAGUCCCAGCAAAACCACAGUCCUCCGUCCCACCGGGGUCCAGCUCCUCCUCCGCGUCCCACUGUCCUUCCGCAUCCUCAACAGGAGCUUCAACGAGAGCCUGCGCGACCCCACGUCGAAGGAGUACAGGAGCCUGAGCCACAAUGUCUUGACCAUGCAGCUGAGGAGAAGCCUGGACCAGGACGGCUUCGUCAUGGACCUGCAGCUGGCCAGCAUCCAGAGCACUGUGGGGACAUCCCCGGCACCGGCGCCUGUGGUCCCGGAUUGGGCCAUUGCUCUGCUGGUCCUGGUCUGCAUCCUGCUGCUGCUGAGCAUCCUCACCUGCCUCCUGAUG